AUGGCGAUCGCCCCGCCACAGCAACCUCUCCAUGUGCUAGAUCCGGUGGGAUCCGCCUCCAUCGCGUCCCGCCUGGACCCCCACCGCUGCGGCCGGGGCAACUCCCCCCGGUGGUUCCUUUUGGAGAAGAGGAGGACGGAGGAGUGGGAGGCCAGGGAGCGGUUCUCGUCGGUGGAGCUCGCCGACAAGAACUGCAAGAUCUACGACCUGGAGCUCACGCCGGAGGAGUUGGAGAUGUACAUCGACCUCCACCCAUUCACCAACACGACGCCCUACACCGUGGUGGAGACCAUGUCGGUGGCCAAGGCCGUGGUGCUGUUCCGCUCCGUCGUGCUCCGGCACAUGCUCAUCAUGCCCAAGUUCCAGGGCCCCGAGAUAUCUCCGCUUGUGGGGAUCUUGACGCGGCAGGACCUGAGAGCGCACAACAUCCUCGGCGCGUUUCCGCACCUGGCAAAGAAGAGCAAGGCGCACUGAAGCUCAAGCUCAAGCUGAAAGCCAGCACCAUUUUUGUUUUGGG